AUGUUUGAGUCUACCUCCGAUACUUGGUAUGAUGUAUGUGACCCUGCGACCAACAAAGUGGUUACAAGCGUACCUCAAAAUACGGACGAAGAGCUUGAAGCUGCAGUUCUCAGUGCUCAGGAAGCGUUUCCAAAAUGGAAAGCAACAAGUAUUAUGACACGCCAGCAGAUUAUGUUCCGUUUUCUCUCUCUACUCCGAAAAAGUUGGGAUCGCCUCGCAGCUAGUAUUACCCUUGAGCAAGGUAAAACAUUCGCUGACGCAAAAGGAGACGUCCUUCGGGGAAUUCAAGUCGUUGAGACUGCUUGCGGUAUUACAUCCCAGCUUACCGGUGACAUUCUCGAGGUCUCUCAAGAUAUGGAAACAAGAACCUACAGAGAGCCGUUGGGUGUUGUGGCCGCUAUCUGUCCCUUUAACUUUCCCGCAAUGAUUCCUCUGUGGUCCAUUCCUACCGCAAUUGUAACCGGUAACUGUCUCAUUCUCAAACCAUCUGAGAGAGACCCAGGAGCUACCAUUAUAUUGGCUGAAUUGAUGCGGGGAGCAGGCCUGCCAAACGGUGUUCUCAGUAUUAUCCAUGGCAAGCAUAAAACAGUCGACUUUAUUCUUGACCAUACUCUUAUCAAAGCAGUGAGCUUUGUGGGAAGCAACCAGGUAGGGGAAUAUAUCUAUACGCGAGCAUCGGCGAACGAUUGCAAUAAGAAGGAUACUUUGAAUGCUGUCACAGCUGCUGCCUUUGGAGCUGCUGGCCAGCGAUGCAUGGCGCUGAGUGCGCUCGUUACUGUGGGGGAUUCACGGAGUUGGAUACCUGAUAUUGCAGCUCGUGCACAGGCACUGAAUGUCUCCGGGGGAUUUGAAAAUGGAGCCGAUCUUGGCCCAGUAAUUAACCCAGAAAGCAAACAACGAAUUGAAGCAAUCAUUGGAAAUGCGGAGCGAGAAGGUGCUACAAUACUCCUCGACGGUCGCAAUUACAAGGUUCCUGGAUACCCAGCUGGAAAUUGGGUCGGGCCAACAAUCAUCACCAAUGUCAAACCACACAUGGAAUGUUACCGCGAAGAGAUAUUUGGGCCAGUGCUUGUUUGCAUCGAGUUGAAUAAUCUAGACGAAGCGAUCAACCUCGUAAAUGGAAAUGAGUACGGAAAUGGGGCUGCCAUCUUCACUGCAUCUGGGCUCAGCGCUCAGAAGUUCCAGACUCUCACUGAAGUCGGGCAGUUGGGCAUUAAUGUACCAAUACCAGUGCCAUUGCCAAUGUUUGCAUUUACAGGGAACAAAAGAAGCAUCGCAGGUGGAGGUGCAAAUACUUUCAACGGCAAAACAGCAUUGUCUUUCUAUACACAACAAAAGACGGUAACCAGUGCAUGGAAGAAGAAUGAUGCGUUGGAAGGGAAUAAAGCGGACUUGAAUAUGCCCACACAAUCAUAG